GCGAUCAACCUCUUAUCAGCCGCAACGGCCGUGCCUAUUUGUUCGCCGUUCUUCUUAGUUGAUCGUUCAGUGCAUUAACACGGGAGGUGUCUGGUGCUACGCUACACUACCGACAGUUCCUGUAACAUUUCGAAACCAACAUGAGCAGCCUCCUCGGUCUACUCUUGCUGCUGCUUGCCAGCCUUUCGCUCUCACUGGGAUAUGCAGUAGAAAUCCAGGAUGACUCCUAUGAGCGCAUCCCUACACACGAGGUGGUGGUGAGGGAGGGCGCCAGGCUCAAACUGAAGGUCUCCCGCUACCAAAACCGGGAUGCGUAUCUGGCCCAUUGGUAUCAUAACGAUCGUCUGAUCACGGACAACUACCGGAACUGUCGGGCGACCUACGGCGAACUGGUGUGCCCGUCCAUGACACCGGCCGACGCCGGACGGUACGAUCUGUGGGGCCACAGCAGAGACAAUGUCCGCACCCGGUUGGCGACCGCAAUCGUUCAGGUUGAAGCACUGCCCGGUAUCCGCCGACCUUUGGAGCCGAGCGCACAGGUGCUGAUCGACACCGAUGAGGAGCCGUUCGAGGAGCGGGACGAUUGCUUCUGCUCGGGAGUAACGGGACGGUGCCGAACGGCACGCUUCCUCUACCGAGCCCAGAAGGUAUACAACCUCACCAACGCCCAAGGGAUCCGCCUGCCGAGCGGCUCUACCACCGAUCGGUACCUGUCCGUACCGGCGGCGUACUUCGAGAAGAACUUGCUAUCGUCCUACGGUGGUUACUUCCGGUUCUACGCUCCGGAUGAGUGCUGGACGGAGCGCACCAAGCCCUGCAUGGUGCUGGUCGGCAAGGACGAUCUUAGGCUGGGCCAUGUCCUACCGGAGAACAACCAGUCGCCGUGGGUCUACGUGCCAAUCCGCGAAUCCAGCUGGGCAGUGCUGACCAACUCGACGGACCCGGCCAGUGCACCGGUGUCCAAGUUUUCCUUCAUGUCUGUGCUGAGCCGACUGAAGGCGAUCUACAUCCGGGCCCCGAACGAUCGGCAAAGCACCAAGCGCGCCAGCGACAGCCAGCUCACGGUGGACGUGGCGUCGGCCCAGAACUCCGGCCUCGGAUGGAUCGGUUCCGUCGAGGAGUGCCAGUGCCACCCGGGCUACCGGGGCCUGUCGUGCGAGUACUGCGAGCCAUCCUACCUCCGAAAGUACGAUGCGUUCAGCCCCAACGGGCUGUGUCUGAGUGCCCACGACCUGUGGACGAUGCUGAAGCGAGUCCACAACAUAUCCGAUGACAGCUGACCAGCCUCCGGGUCUUCUUGAAGUGAAUUGACCGUAAAAUAAAAAUUGAUUUACCGUUUC